AUGGCGAAAACAGCAGAUCGACCAUCCACGUUGGAGAAAGUGUGUUACGGCCUCGGCGCCCUGCCAUACAUGACAACUCUACACGUGCUGAACUUCUUCUUCAACUACUUCUUAGUAACAGUGGCCCAUGGCGUCACUCUGGCCCACAGAACGCUCGUGAUGCACAUUAGUGACGACAACAGCGACAGGGAAUCAGCUAUUGCAUUUAGAUCUGCCACUGGACUGAUCGGGAUGGUCGCUGGUGUAGCCAUUGAAGGUCAGGUCGUCGCAGCGUUCGACGGGUCUCUGUCCGGCACCUGUAAGCAUAGCAACGGUAGUGUCAACACUAGUGCGGGCAGCAAUGUCACAAGCACUGUACAGACAGAUAGACAGGAGACCGGUUACCUGGUGGCGGCGGGAGUCGUCUGUCUCGUGGCUCUGAUCUUCGUCACUGUAACACUAACAGCCGUCACAGAGCGGACAGCAUUCCAAGAGCAGAGGACCAAAGAGUCGUUGAGAAGUAGUCUGAAGCGAGUGAUGACGCAUAAACCCUCCGCCUGUGCACUUUGUCUGCUAUUUCUCUUCCACACAGCCGGCGCUGUUUUUCAACAAAGUGUGGCGCUCUAUGUUCAGUUUUCCCUGGGCCUCGGAAGUCAGGUGCAGAACUGUCUCCUCGUUCUUGUGGGCUCCUGUUUGGUCGGCAUUCCUGUUGUUAUGGUGCUGAUAAACAGGUUUGGUAAGAGGCCUGUCUCAUUCGGCAAUAUACUGAUCUUACUACCUUUCUUCUUGGGACUUCUGUUCGUGCCCGGUGAUCUUGUUUUUGUUCUACCCCUCAUCGCGGUACUUGGAAUGGCCUACUCAGUACCGUUCAUUGUGCCAUGGAUGAUGUUGUCCGAUGUUUCGGACCUGCUGAAGCUGCAGACAGGCAGGAGUUAUGACACGGUUCUACACGGUGUCUUCAUCACCGCACAGCGGGUAACAGGGGCAGUCGCCUUUGGCGCUAUUUCAGCUACACUAGAAAUCGGCGGUUACGAGAGUGGCAACUGUGUUCAGUCUGAGUCAGUAGGCAGAGCUAUCCGGUGGAACGUCACGUUACUGCCGAUGUUGUCCCUCCUGGCCAGCCUGGUGGUCCUGUGGCAGUAUCCAGUCACGGAGGAGAUGAGACAGAAAACCAAGGAAGCUCUAGAACAGAUGAGAACUAGUGAAGAAUUGCGUCAAGAGAGGAAGACCAAAAGUGACGAAAACACAAAAGAUGAAGUUGCUGGAGAUGUGCGCGAAAACCAAAGUGGAAACGGAGUAGAGAAUUUGGGUUUCUCUGUUUAAGAUGUUUAC